AGCGUGGUCACUGUGUCCGCCACAGAUAAGGACUCCGAAGAGAAUGCUGCGGUGUGGUAUAGCCUGUUGCCCGGACCGGGCUACGACUUUUUCUCCAUCGACCCCCACUCUGGAGAGAUCAGCACCACCUCCCAACUGGACAGGGAGCUGUACCAGCAGUUCACCCUCAGAGUCCAGGCUCGCGACAGCGGCGUCCAGCCCCUCUCCAGCACGUCCACGGUGCUUUGCUCUGUGCUGGACGACAACGACAACGUCCCCGAGUUCAUGCAGGCCUCCUUUCAGCUUAGCCUGCCAGAGAACCUGCCCCCCGGGGUCAUCCACACAUCCCAGGCCUCGGACCCAGACCACGGAGCCAACGGCACCAUAACCUAUUCCAUACAGGGCGAGGACUACGGCGGGCGUUUCACCAUCCACGCCACCACGGGCACAGUCAGCACCACACGAGCCCUCGACCGGGAGGAGCGGCCCAGCUACACCCUCUGCAUCCAGGCGAGCGACGGCGGCCAACCCUCCCCCCUCAGCUCCUCCACCCAGCUCCUGGUGCUCCUACUGGACCAGAAUGACAACAGUCCCUUGUUCACCCGCAAGAGUUACCGCGCUUCCUUGGCUGAGGGGCUCCCCGCGGGGGCAGAGGUGCUGCGUCUGGAGGCCCGCGACCCGGACCAAGGCCCCAACGGCGAGGUGACAUUCUCUCUGGUCGAGGACACCCUGGGGGCCUUCUCGGUAGAGCCCGCCACGGGCGUGGUUCGGACCACCCGGCCCUUGGACAGGGAGAGCCGCGCUCAGUACACCUUCAGGGCCGUGGCUACCGACAGCUGUGCCAGAGGUCCACGGAGCACCGCCACCGCGGUUACCGUGCAGGUGGAGGACGCCAACGACAACGCGCCCGUCUGCGCGGAGAACCCCGUCGUCGGCUGGGUCGCUGUGGAGACGAUCCCAAAUAAGAUUGUCGCCACGGUGACGGCAGUGGACGGCGACCGUGGCGAGAACGGGACUGUGUGGUUUAGCUUGGCGGAAAACAACCCUUUUUUCACCAUCAACGGCAAAUCGGGAGAUAUACGGUUGAAUACGUCCAUUAGUCCGAGUUUCUUGGGUGCUAAACUGCAGGUGUUGGCUGCAGACCAGGGGAGGCCAGCUCUCACCUCUACCUGCCUGGUCCUUAUUCACUUGAAGGGAGAGGACGAGCCACUGCGCUUCACUGAGACGCUCUACGAAGCAGUCGUGGUGGAAAACAGCAAAACUGGCUCGUGGGUGGGAAACGUGGUGGCCCACGACCGAACCGACGACGGGCGGCGAAUCGAAUACAGCAUUUUCAAUAACAACGAGAACAGAGCCUUCGCCAUCAACCGACACACAGGUGACAUCACAGUGUGGGACCAGGCCAGUCUGGACUACGAGGCCAACCGGAAGGUCCACCUGGUGGUGCUGGCCGACGGCGGCCCCCUGCGCACGGCCCACUGCCGGGUCACCGUCACGCUGCAGGAUGUCAACGACAAUGCGCCGGCCUUCGAGCAGGGCUACUACCGCACAGCCGUGUGGGAGGGCCAGGUACACAACACCUACGUCAUGCAGGUGUUUGCCUCUGACGCGGACAGCGGUGUGAAUGGUCAGAUUGAAUACUCCAUCUUGUCUGGUAACCAGAACGAGGCGUUCAUCAUCGACUCUGUGCGUGGGAUCCUCGCCACCAACACCAUUCUGGACCGGGAAAUCACUUCCUCUUACAAGUUGGUACUGCAGGCAUCAGACAGGGGUAGCCCUCCCCUUAGCAGCACCGCCACCGUCCGGGUCCAGGUGGUGGACAUCAACGACAACAGCCCCGUCAUUCCCCCCAUGGAGCCCGUGGUCAUAGCAGAGAACCUCCCAGCGGGCUACAUGGUGACCCAGGUGAGCGCCAACGACGUGGACCUCAGCUCCACAGUGACCUACAGCUUUUCGGACAAUGCCAGCGCCGCCGGGAGCUUCGCCAUCGACCGCUACACGGGCGUGGUGACCCUGACGCAGAUGCUGGACCGUGAGGAGCAGGCGGCGCACAGGCUGGCGGUGUGGGCCUCGGACUCCCUCCACCUGACCACGGCCGAGGUCCUGGUUCAGGUGCUGGAUGUCAACGACAACGUGCCAGUCUUCUCCCAGGACUCCUACCAGGUGAAGUUGCCAGAACUGUCUCCUGCCAACAUGUUGAUCCUGACUGUGGCUGCCACAGACCGUGACUCUGGGCUUAACGGCAAACUCUGCUACAGACUCCUCUCGUCUCCUCUACACGGCUUCUACAUACACCCAGACAACGGGUCGGUGUUCACCAACAAGCCCCUGAAGUACGUCACCAAUGGUAACGUGAUCCAGCUCCUGGUGGAGGCCAGAGACGGGGGUGACCCAGUCCGCUCUACGGUCACCUCCGUGGACAUCGUGGUCCUGGACGCCAACGACCAUACCCCGAUCUUCCAGCACGACACCUAUACAGUCAGCCCCCCUGAGGAUACCCCCAUCGGCACCACCCUGCUGACCCUCUGGGCAGAGGACCUGGACUGGGCGUAUGAAAACACCCACCUGGACUAUGUCGUUGCCAGUGGCAAUGAGGACAGGAGAUUCUGUAUGGAGGUAGGUGCGGUCCAAACGGAGAGCCAGCAGAGGACCGGUGGGAGUCUGGUUCUGUGCCAACUGUUGGACCGCGAAACCACGGAGAGCUACAUCUUGACAGUGACAGUUUCUGACUGUGGCUCGCCUCCGCUCAACAGCUCGGCGGUCGUGGCGGUAACUGUGGCGGACGUCAACGAUAACGCACCGGCUUUUGUCAGCGCAGAGUACCAUGCUCAGGCCAGCGAGAGCAACCCUGUGGGCACCAGGUUGGUUCAGGUGACCGCCCAGGACCCUGACCGCGGAACCAACGGUCUGAUCCGGUACGACAUUAUCUCAGGCAACAGCAAGGGUCACCUCAGGCUCGACCCGCAAACCGGCGCCCUGAAGGUCAACCACAGUCUCGACUACGAGGAAGACUCCAAGUACGCACUGACUAUCCAGGCUUCCGAUGGGGGUGAACCUGGAAACCGUAAAGUAGCCUUCACCGUGGUCUUUGUCACGGUUUUGGAUGAGAAUGACAACUCGCCCUACUUCAUCUUCCCCGUAGUCAACUGCUCGGUGCCGGAGAACCUUCCAGCCUUCACCCCCGCCUGUUCAGUCCAUGCCGUCGACCAAGACGCCGGACCCUAUGGCCAGCUCACCUACUCCAUCCUGUCCUCCUGCUUCAUGGAUUACGGCAGUGGCAGCCCUGACCGGAAGGAGGCCUUUGCCAUCGACCCCCUCACCGGGGACAUCCACACCCGGCAGACAUUUGACUUUGAGCGGGAGAGCGAGUACUGCUUCAUGGUGGAGGCCAGGGACAAAGGCGAGCAGGCGGCCACCGUGAGGGUCCAUGUGGCCAUCGAAGGGGCGGACGAAUUCAGUCCCGUCUUCACCCAGAGGCAGUACCGUUUCAUCCUCCCGGAGAACGCAAAGGCGGGGCAGACAGUCGGCCAUGUUAUGGCAAUGGACCAUGACGGAGGCCUGGAGGGCGUGGUGGAGUACUCCCUGGUCAACCCCUCACAGUUUUUCUCAGUCAACAAAACAACAGGCGCAGUGUUCGUCUCGGGCCCAGUGUACCGCAAGAGAGGAAGUUUCUCCAACGAAGACGUGGUGGAGCUCUUGGUGUCCGCCGGCAGUCCCAGAAUGGACUCCAGGUCCACCACCAGCCUGGUAACGGUCAAUAUCUCCAAUUCGGCUGAAGCUCUGGUCGGGGUGGCCCUCAGCGUCCAGACAGUCACUCUGGGCGUGUCGCUGGCCAUCUUCCUCCUCCUACUCGUCAGCUUCGUGGCCCUCGUCCUGAGGUACAAGACAAAAGAGGCCGCCAUCAAGAAGGCCGCUGCCCUCGCAGCCAACCUAAACACCGGCACGUUCGGCAGGACCGGCGGUGGCCAACAGCACACCAGCAUCGGCAUCGGUUUGCGGGAGCUGAGGGCGCCCAUCACCAUCCGAGUGAAGAGGGAAAUAUCCCUCCCUAUCCGUAAUUCUGACUCAAGCGGCCGCGGUUCGGCAGAAGGCGAGACGGCCGAGGACCAUGAGAUCAAGAUGAUCAACGAAUACCCGUGCCGCAAGAGGGCCGACUCGGCCCACAGCGAGAGGGUUCCCGACUCUGGCGUGCCCAGGGACUCGGACCAGCUUUCCUGCCAUUCAGAGGAUAGAAACCCGGGGACGGUCAUAACCACGGUCUCCAGCACAGGUCUGGCUGCAGGGAUGCAGAGUUCAGAGAGUCUCCACACCUUCAAAGAGGAGGGAGGUGGGGAGGGGAUGCUGCCGCGGGUCAGGGUGAGCGAGAUGGAGGAGAGCCAGGCCUCUGUGGACGGCUCCUUCAGCUCGCUGUUGUGUCCGGAGGAGCAGCUCCGGGGCAGCUACAGCUGGGACUACCUGCUGGACUGGGAGCCACGCUACCACACACUUGCCUCAGUCUUCACCGACAUCAGCCUGCUGCACGACGAGGACCUCCAGGGGGGCCACGAGGGCCUUUUGUCUGAAGCCUGCUGCCUAAUGCACCCACCACCCCUCAUCACGGGCGUGGCGCAGCCAGGCCUCAGGGCUGUGCCCCCCCGGAUGCCCCCGCGCAGCAUGCACACCCUAACCCGGAGGCCCUCCUACCCCAAAUACGCCUACGCGCCCCUGGCCAGGAACACGGGGCUCACCCCGUCUGCCAUGACCCCCAGUUUCUCUCCCUCGCUGUCGGUGCUCACUCUGCGGACCCCCAACGCCUCCCCGGUGGUCUCAGAGACUGGGCUGGGGGUCUUCAGGCUAGACGCCGGCAGCCUCCUGGAGGGAGAAAUACAGGUGUAGACUUUUGGAGGGUAAAUACCUUUUGAUAUUGACUUUGAAAAAUAUUGUAUUGUAUGGUAGAUGCCAAAUACUAGCAUUAAAUCAUUCAGUUCUCAAGCUUAUUUUAAAUCUGAUUUUAACAUCACAUCACUAUUGAAUUCGUUUCUACAAUUAGUUUCUCAACAUAAAGGAUCUACAAAUCAAUAUUGUCUCACGUUGGACAAUAUUCUGUCAUCUGGCACAUUGAUUAGUAAGGACAUUAUACAAUGCAGAUGCAUGGGUGAAAUCAGACAUUUAUGAAAUGUCUUUGUACAAUGAAUGAUUCGCAUUGUGGUGCAUUUCAUAGUUUCAGAACUUGCUUUUGUAAUAAAAAAGUAAUAUAUGGAAAAGCCUGAACUCUGGUUUGCAUUGCAAUAGCAAAACGCAGCACUGUACACAAGUGGAUGUUUGAAUCCACAAUUAACAAAUGUAUGGUCGUAAACAUGUUUGCAUGCUAAAGAAAAUGAAACACAUUGUUAUUGCAGUUGGCUAUAGCUUUUUGACUUGGCAAGUAUUCUUGUUCUGUAAUUGUAUUACGUCGGAGUACCAUGAGCCCAUACUCUGUAGACUACUACAAGACCUACAGUUUUUGAAAUGUCACUAACAGCUGUACAAAGAGCAGGGCAGUUGGUGGUGUGGGACCAGUCUUUUGAUAUUGCUGUGUGCGCAGAUUGUAUACUAUAGAUACAUAUUUUUGAAACGGCACUUUAUUGUACAGUGUGUAACAUUUCAAUGAAUUUCUUUUUUUUAUUGCUAAAUUGUAAUAUGUAUAUAAAAAGGUACAAUUAAGUAGGUUAAACAAUGUACUGCUAUCUUUUAGCUCUGAUAUGGGGAAGUUCUAACUAACUUGAACAACAAUUAGUGUACGAUUCAAUUCAACAAUGGUUUGUGACCGUCUCGUCAUUCCUUUUCAUCAUUGAACUGAUUGUUAAUGUGGUUCAUAAAUUAAACAAUUCCAAUGGAAAA